GAGGCCAGCGGGGGGUGAGGGGUGGCUGAUGCAAUGCCCAGCUAAUGGCUCGAUUCUCAGGAGGGUUUCAUUGGUCUCAGCCUGGUCCCAGGCAGCCCACCUCUGAUUGGACAGUCUCAUCAAGAAGGUUGGUCAGGAGCUCAAGUGUUUCCGAGAAUCAGGGCGAUUUAUAAGAAAAGUUUAGCUGAAUGCAGGGUGGGGACUGGUAAACAAAAGAAAGAGAAAAGUCUCUUUUUUCAGAAGGGAAACUGAAAGAAAGAGGGGAAGAGUAUUAAAGACCAUUUCUGGCUGGGCUGGGCAUUCUCAGCUGCUCUACUGCCCAGCGUGACCAGUGGCCACCUCUGCAGAGUCUUCCACAACGUGGUGUUGACUGUCUGCUGAACGAAGCCUCUGACCUCAGGCUGGCCGUGAACGUAGUUCCUGAGAGAUGGCAAACAUGCCCAACAGCAAGCCCUGUGCCUCUCCGCUGGAGCUGUUCAACAGCAUCGCCACACAAGGGGAGCUCGUGAGGUCCCUCAAAGCGGGAAAUGCGUCAAAGGAUGAAAUUGAUUCUGCAGUAAAGAUGUUGCUGUCGUUAAAAAUGAGCUACAAAGCUGCCAUGGGGGAGGAUUACAAGGCUGACUGUCCUCCAGGGAACCCAGCACCUACCAGUAAUCAUGGCCCAGAUGCCGCAGAAGCUGAAGAGGAUUUUGUGGACCCAUGGACAGUACAGACGAGCAGUGCAAAAGGCAUAGACUAUGAUAAGCUCAUUGUUCGGUUUGGAAGCAGUAAAAUUGACAAAGAGCUAAUAAACCGAAUAGAGAGAGCCACCGGCCAAAGACCACACCGCUUCCUGCGCAGAGGCAUCUUCUUCUCACACAGAGACAUGAAUCAGGUUCUCGAUGCCUAUGAAAAUAAGAAGCCGUUUUAUCUGUACACGGGCCGGGGCCCCUCUUCUGAAGCCAUGCAUGUGGGUCACCUCAUUCCGUUUAUUUUCACAAAGUGGCUCCAGGAUGUGUUUAACGUGCCCUUGGUCAUCCAGAUGACGGAUGACGAGAAGUAUCUGUGGAAGGACCUGACCCUGGAUCAGGCCUAUGGCUAUGCUGUGGAGAAUGCCAAGGACAUCAUUGCCUGUGGCUUUGACAUCAACAAGACUUUCAUAUUCUCUGACCUGGACUACAUGGGGAUGAGCUCAGGUUUCUACAAAAAUGUGGUGAAGAUUCAAAAGCAUGUUACCUUCAACCAAGUGAAAGGCAUUUUCGGCUUCACUGACAGCGACAGCAUCGGGAAGAUCAGUUUUCCUGCCAUCCAGGCUGCUCCCUCCUUCAGCAACUCAUUCCCACAGAUCUUCCAAGACAGGACAGAUAUCCAGUGCCUUAUCCCAUGUGCCAUUGACCAGGAUCCUUACUUUAGAAUGACGAGGGACGUCGCCCCCAGGAUCGGCUAUCCUAAACCAGCCCUGCUGCACUCCACCUUCUUCCCUGCCCUGCAGGGCGCUCAGACCAAAAUGAGUGCCAGCGACCCCAACUCCUCCAUCUUCCUCACUGACACGGCAAAGCAGAUCAAAACCAAGGUCAAUAAGCAUGCAUUUUCUGGAGGGAGAGACACCAUCGAGGAGCACAGGCAGUUUGGGGGCAACUGUGAUGUGGAUGUGUCUUUCAUGUACCUGACCUUCUUCCUCGAGGACGACGACAAGCUCGAGCAGAUCAGGAAGGAUUACACCAGCGGAGCCAUGCUCACCGGUGAGCUCAAGAAGGUACUCAUAGAGGUUCUCCAGCCCUUGAUCGCAGAGCACCAGGCCCGGCGCAAGGAGGUCACGGACGAGAUAGCAAAAGAGUUCAUGACUCCCCGGGAGCUGUCCUUCGACUUUCAGUAGCACUCGUUUUACAUAUGCUUAUAAAAGAAGUGAUGUAUCAAUAAUCCCAGCCCAGUCAAAGCACUGCCACCCGUAGGCUUCUGUCUCAUGAUUAUCAUUGGGCCUGGUCUCUGUAAGCCUGUGUAUGUUAUCAGUACUGUUUCUUCCUGUGAGUUCCAUUAUUUCUGUCUCUUAUGGGCAAAGCAUUGUGGGUGAUCGGUGCUGGCUAACAUUGCAUGGUCAGAUAGAGAAGUCCAGCUGUGAGUCUCUCCCCAGAGCAGCCCCCAAAGAGUGGAGCCUUUGGCUGGAAGUCCAUGGACCACCCUGUUCUGGUCCGUGGAGGACUCCGAGGGUUCCAAGUAUACUCUUAAGACCCACUCUGUUUAAAAAUAUAUAUUCUAUGUGUGCAUAUAUGGAAUUGAAAUGUCAUUAUUGUAACCUAGAAAGUGCUUUCAAACAUCGAUGUGGGGAGGUUUAUUGAGCACAAGUUGUAUUUCAGCCCACACCCCCUCCCAAAAGAAAUUGGUAAGUAAAAGCUUUGCUCUACAUUUGACUAAGAAAUCACCCAGCUUUCAAGCUGCUUUUAACAAUGAAGAUUGAACAGAGUUAAGCAAUUUUGAUUAAUUGAGACUUAGGGGUGAAACUGUUCAGUUUACUGAACUCCAGACCAUGCAUGUAUUCCACUCCAGAAAUCAGCUCGCUUCCCUUGGCGUACCAGUAUUCUCCCGCCAGAUGACCCUAGACCCUCUGUCCUGCAGAAUCAGGGUGGCUUUUCCCCGACUGUGUCCGAUGCCAAGGAGUCCUGGCCUUUGCAGAUGCUUCAUGUUGAUCCUUGGCUGCAGUGGAAGUCAGCACAGAGCAGUGCCCUGGCUGUGUCCCUGGACGGGUGGACUUAGCUAGGGAGAAAGUCGAGGCAGCAGCCCUCGAGGCCCUCACAGGUGUCUAGGCAGGCCUCAUUUCAUCACGCACCAUGAGCAGGUCUGGAAGAGCAAAGCCCAAUCUCAGGGAAGCCCGUGGUUGAUGUGUCUGGGUCUGCUCUGGAGCACUCUGCCCUCCUGUCGCCCAGUAGAGUAAAUAAACUUCCUUGGCUCCCGC